AUGGCCGAGCCUCCCAAGACAACUCUCCCCAGGAAGAGCGCCUUCUCGUGCGAGGCCUGUCGCAAACGAAAGGUGAAAUGUAACGGAGCUAGUCCGUCGUGUUCGCGAUGCGCCGCGCGAGGGGAGGCGUGCGUGUAUAGUUUAGCCCCAACUCUUUCCUAUACGAAACAGCUCGAAUCCAGAGUCGCACAACUAGAGGAUGCACUAUCUAAGCUCCGCGGGGAGGGCGAAGCGGAAUUGCGAAAGGCAAGCUCGCCUUCAUCGGUGGCCGAGUCUAGUUCGAGCGGUCCUAAGAUCAAGGCCGACCCCGAUACUCAGGACCUCGCACGGGAAUUCGAUGGCCUGAAUGUGGAAAAUGACGGUCGCAUCUCGUUCCACGGCCCGACCAGUCUAUUCCAACUGCCGAGUGGUGCGGUGAACGAAACAUCGUCGACUUCUCAUUACGCACAGGAGUUGGAAGCCCGCAAGGAGCGUCUGGUUAACAAUGCGUGGCGGGAGAGGGCGUUCGAGCAGAUGGCUGCUAUGCCGCAACCUUAUCAAUAUCUUCUCGACUCCCACUGGUGCUGGAUUCAGCCACUGUGGAAUUUCGUCUAUCGCCCUGCGUUCACACGUGAUAUGAAAAUCAAUGGACCAUACUACUCGGAUAUUCUGUUGAACGCUAUUCUUUCCCACUCGGUGCGAUGGUGCAAAGCGGAGCCUCAAAUUGGCCCGCUUCUCGACUCCUACGAUGGGGGAGCCCAAUUCUCCCAUCGGGCAUUGACGGGCGUGUUUGAUUCACUCAAAAGUGGCUAUGCAGGCAUCCCGACAAUUCAGACAUUGUUACUCCUCAGCGCUCAAGAAUGUGGCCGUGGAAAUCGGACACAAGCCUGGUUAUACAGUGGAAUGGCCUUCCGGCUGCUGGACGACCUGGGUAUCUCUAUUGAUAGCCGGAAAUACUCGGGGUCGGCCCAGUUGAGUGAUGAGGACAUCGAAAUACGAAACCGACUUUUCUGGGGUUGUUAUUUCUGGGACAAAGUGGUAUCCCUAUACUUUGGCCGUGCCCCAACGAUGCAGCAUUUGCGCGUCAGCCCGCCACGGAUGAUUCUUGAUGACACCGCUGAGAUCGAAACAUGGACUCCUCAUGGCGUCACGUUCCCAGAUGGUGCCCAUUAUCCACCCACGCAGGCGCAUUCAACUUCAUGUUUCAUGAAGAUGUGUGGUCUGGCAGAGGUCUUAAAUCAGAUCUUGAUUCACAUCUACGACCCAAAUCGCCCAAGCACAGCCUCCGAGUUCUAUGACUGCGUUCAGGAGCAGAGCAGAAGUCUAGCCGAUUGGUGGGAAGAUCUACCAGAAUACUUGAAACUGUCGGCGAUGAAUCUACCCCCAUACUCUCCACCAAGUCAUAUUGUGAUUCUCAACUGUUUCUACCAUACCAUUAACAUUCUCCUCCACCGUCCAAUCCUCUGCUCUCGGGACCUGCUCAAAGUCCGACAAGAAACGCAUGACUCGAGUCAUCUAGUACAAUGCAUGGCAUCAGCAACGACUAUCCUCUCUCUCUUCGAUCUUUAUCGUCGAACAUUCGGCGACAGCCAUGUCGUCCUCUCUCUUGCCUACAGCAUCUAUACAGCAGCAUCCAUUUUCCUGCUCGAGAUCCAAGCUCUGAAGUACGCUGCACCGGGAACCCUCGAUAAACUCAAAUUCUGCAUCUUCGCUUUGGAGAGAGUCAAAGCUGCCAAUCCGGUCAUCGUAACUGCACUCAAUCUCAUCUCCUUGGAGCUCCAAAAGCUCCAAAUCAACAUCCACGGUGCAAUGCCUGCUGGCCAACCCGAACCAGGCCAGGAUCACCACUAUCAACAUCCACCUCCGUCUUAUACUCACCCCCACCAGCCUCAGCACAGCCAGUCGCCGUCGCUAAAUAGCAAUCCCUCCCGCCAUGUUUCUCCAGGGCAGCACCAACCCCAACCCCAACCUUCGAUGAGCACACAUACCCAAACGACGGGAUCUGAACCCUCUCUGAUGCAAGGUUACAAUAAUUUCCAACAUCCAGGGGCGAGGUUCGAUAUGCGCGGGGGCGAAAUGCCCCAAAUGCCACCCACGCACCUGCUGGGCGGAAUGCCAAAUGCCGUUAUGACAAUUGAUGAUCCCGGUUCGUACGAGAUCACACCCGAGGUUUUCGAGGCGUUUUCGUACGCCCAGCCCAUCACCACGAAUAUGACCCCUGGAUUUGGGCAGGGAUGGGGAGGACCUCCUCAAUAA